AUGAAAGCACAGACGAGUUUUGUACCCUAUUUGUUCACGUUUUUGGGCCAAGUUAAGAGCCAUGCACAAUUGGAAGCCUUGGAUGAAGGGGUGCAACUCUUGAAGGAGUAUGACUUCAUUAUUGUGGGCGCAGGUACGGCGGGCUGCACUUUGGCAGCCCGCCUUAGUGAGAACCCUAAAUGGAAGGUUUUGCUGCUCGAGGCUGGUGGACCUGAGACUCUGUUUUUGGAUAUUCCCCUAGCGGCCAUUGAAUUUCAAUUGUACUCUAAGCUCAACUGGGCAUACCGUGCACAGUCUUCGAAGAGCUUUUGUCUGGGCUUGGAAAAAAAUCGUUGCAAUUUUCCACGCGGCAAGGUGAUGGGUGGAUCUUCGGCCCUUAACUACAUGGUGUAUAUGCGAGGUAAUCGUCGUGACUAUGGCCAAUGGGCCCAAAUGGGCAAUGAGGGCUGGAGCUAUGAAGAGAUUUUGCCCUACUUCCAGAAAGCUGAGGGCUCCAUGGUGCCAGAUGCUGACAACCAAGUGGUGGGACGCAAGGGACCUGUUAAAAUCACCUAUCCCAAGGUGCACUUUGAAUUGGCUGAACAAUUUUUGGAGGCGGUACAGCAGUAUGGUUUACCCCGCUGCGACUAUAAUGGACUCAAACAGAACUGCGUAUCCUAUGUGCAGGCCACCACAGAUGAAGUAUUUCGUUGGAGUGCAAAUCGAGCCUAUCUCUAUCCCAUCAAAGGCAAAAGACCUAAUUUGCAUAUAGUAAAGCAUGCACUUGUUACCAAGAUACUGAUAGACGCCAACAACAGAACAGCCUAUGGUGUUACGUUUGAGAGGCGAGGUCAGUCCUUUGAGGUUCGGGCACGUCUGGAGGUGAUCUCAGCUGCGGGAGCCAUCAAUACGCCUCAGCUGCUAAUGCUAUCUGGGGUGGGUCCUGCCAAACAUUUACGCGAAGUUGGCAUCAAACCCUUAGCAGAUCUGGCUGUGGGUUUCAAUUUGCAGGACCACAUAGCCUCCCCUUUGACCUUCACUGCCAAUAUCAGCACCUUGAGACUUGAUGAUUUAUUAGAUGCCGAAGAAUUUCUCAAGUUACAAACCCACAACAGCAAGAUUUCGAUAUUAGGCGGUCUAGAGGCCUUAUCCCUGCACGCAUGGGAUGAUGCCCAGAAAGCCGAUAGCUGGCCAGAAUUUGAACUGUUUCUGGUCUCCACUGGAUUGCAUAUCGACCCAGCCGCAGUGCCAGCAUUUGGCAUAAGAAACGAAAUUGUUCAAACCCUGUACAAGGACAUCUUGGAAAAUGAUUUGAAUGCUUUCAUGAUAUUUGCCAUGCCACUAAGGCCACGCAGCAGGGGACGCAUUUUGCUGCGAAACAACAAUCCUCACAUACAUCCUCUCAUCUAUCCCAACUAUUUGGCAGAUCCCGCAGAUGUUGCCACGGUGGUGCGAGCCCUACAAAAAGUCAUAGAAAUUGCAAAACAGCCGGCAAUGCGUCAAGUAGGAGCUACACUUUUGCAACGCAAAAUACCCCAAUGUAGCCAAUAUGGCAAAGUCACCUCACCAGCCUAUUUGGAAUGUUAUGCCAGACACCUGACUUUGACCAUCUAUCAUCAAUCGGGUACAGCGAAAAUGGGUCCCAAAUCGGAUAAAACAGCAGUGGUUGAUGCUCGCCUUAGAGUUCAUGGCAUUAAAAAUCUACGUGUAGUGGAUGCCAGCAUUAUGCCAACCAUUGUUUCGGGUCAUACCAAUGGACCGGUCUUUAUGAUAGCCGAAAAAGCAGCAGAUAUGAUAAAACAAGACCAUGGAUAUUUAUAG